AUGACUUCAAAACGAGGUGGAAAUGUAUUGAGAUUAAAUAAAGCUCAAGGUAGAGGAGAGAAAAUUGCGAAAAAAGGGGGGUCAAAAGUACCAAAACAACGUCAAGGUGUUUCUUCAGAAGAAUUAGAAAAACGUACUGCACGUGCUAAUCGUUUUCGAGAUACUCUUGAUCCGUCACAGUUAUUAAGCGUAGGUAGUGUUGUACCUCAUGGACGAAAUUUAACCGUUAAAAAUGAAGGAUCACCAAUUGAUCCUGUUGACGAUUUUUUUAAAGUAUUUUCAAUUUAUCAUCAAACACAAAUGGUGAUUAAACAAGUUAAUGAUACUCUUCCACUAGUAAGAAAAAAAUUGGCAUGGGAUUUUUUCCAUGAAGAGACAUUACCAAUUUCCAUUAGUUCAUUAUACGAAAAAGAUGAUGCUGGUAAAAGCAAGCAUUUUACGGAAAUAGAGAAUGAAGAUUUUACAAUGGAGGUUAGGAAAUUUAUUACUAAGCCUAAGCCGUUAGAUCUUCCAACUCCCUCCAAUUUUUUUGAUGUUGAAAUGGAGGAUGUAGAACAAUUUAUUGCCGCAUCACCAGUUACUCCUAGUGCAACCUUUCGUAACGUUGAAAUGGAUGUGGAUGAAACAUUUCCACCUUUAUAUAUAUCACCUUUAAGUCAGAUAUCAUUAUUAUCCAAUCCUUCAACAAUAAAUCGGACGGAUCAAUUUACUCCGAGUCAAGGUAUUUCACCACAACUUCUCCAACGCUUGGGCACACGUUCAAAUGAUGUAAUACGUAGAAAUUCUCUUGAACGACCAAUAAUUCCGGCUACCGAAAAGUCAAAUUCGGAGCUUUCGACAAUGGACAUCGAAUACGAAAACAAUCUAAAUCAAGAUGUAUCCAUUAUAGGACCAGAUAAUACACUUGUGGGGUCACCCAUUGAGGAAGAAUUGAAACAAAUUGAAGAAAUUACAACCGAAACUACAGGGGUCACUAGUGAUACGGAUCCACUAAUAGUCGAUGAACCUGAUGAUGAAUUAGAAGCAUCAGAUCUCCCUACACCAAAAUUAGAUUUAUAUAGUUUAGUUCAUGGGCCACCUCAACUAACUCAGGCUCAACUACUCAAAGAAGAUAAAGUUAGGCGAAGACAAGCACUUUAUAAGAAAACAAAAAAAGCGUUUCCAGAUCGCCUAAAAUCAGAGAAAAAGCGAAGAAAAAAGAAAUAUGACAUAUUAAUAAAUAAAAAUCGCAAUGUUCAAUGUGUACUUGCGCAUAUUGAUGAUAAAAAGGCCGAAGCAACAAAAAAGGCUCAAGAAGAAGUUGAAAUACGGAAAAAGGCCAUUGAAGCGCAGAGUUCACGUGACGAGGAUUAUGAAUCCGUUAGAAAAGAAAUAAGACGUCGGAAUCUAAUCUUGGAACGUGUUAAGAAUGAAUACCUCGAGCGUGCUAAAAAAGAUCCUAAAUAUAAGUAUUCUAUGACUAAAAUUCAGGAGGAAGCACGAAUUGAGAUUGACAAUACACCAUCACUUAUUAGAUGA